GAUCUUCCACCCCAUCUUCCAGCUGUAUCCAGCCAAUCAAGCAGAAUGACAAGCAACAGCACCUCGGAUCGCAUCAUCGCCAUCGGAUAACCCGACAUUCGGGAAAGCCGGCUCUCCGCGGCGAUCCUACAAAUCAGCCCCAGCUGAGCUGAUUGCUGGGAGUCAGUAACUGUUCUGGACCAAUUGUCGAGCCUGGCUGCGGAAAAAGUGAAGCUCCGGCGCAGCGUGACGACUCUACAUUUAAAGAGCAGCAGGGGGGAUUCUCCCUUUCCUGAAACUUUACACACCCUGCAAUUGUACGUCCGAAGCUCCUGUCGCAAUGGGCAUCUUCAAUAGCGUUAUCUGGAGGGACGAUAAGACAUCGACAAUGAGCCGUAACGAGUCCCACCUCGACAUCAUUGUCGUCGGCGCGGGCCUCAGUGGCCUCGCGACCGCCAUUUCCUGCGCCAUGUCCGGUCACACCGUCAUAGUUCUCGAGCAGGCCAAAGAGCUCGCAGAAGUUGGCGCCGGGCUCCAAAUCACCCCCAACGCCUCCCGCCUCUUCUCACACUGGAAGCUCCCCGAAAAGCUAUGGAAAGACGCAGCAGAACCCACAUCCUUGACGGUGCACCGAUACACAGGCGAAGUGCUCGCACAUGAGGAGUCAUUUGAUCGGAAUAUCCGCGCCAAGUACACUGCACCAUUCAUUGACCUCCACCGCGUGGACCUGCAACAAGCUCUCUACGCACGAGCCAAGGAGCUAGGCGUAACCUUUCAUCUUGACGAGAGGGUCGACUCUAUCAACUUUGACACUACUACAGUAACCACCCUCAAGGGCAAGUCCAUCUCGGGGGAUCUGAUCGUCGCCGCAGAUGGGCUCUGGUCUCGCUGUCGGGAAUGCCUUGGCGGGAAGAAAGAUGACCCUAUUCCCACGGGCGAUCUGGCGUACCGAAUUGUCCUAACAGCAGACCAGAUCUCAGACCCGGAUCUGAAAGCGUGGGUCGAGAACCCAACAGUACAUUUCUGGAUCGGACCUGGCGCACAUGCAGUAGGCUAUUCCCUACGGGGUGGGAAGAUGUUGAACAUAGUCCUCCUGGUGCCAGAUGAUUUGCCCCCAGGAGUGUCAAGACAGGCAGGAUCACUGGAGGAAAUGAUGCGACUAUUUGUGGGUUGGGAUCCUGUCCUAACCCGCUUCCUAGGCUACGUCAACGGCGUUGAUAAAUGGAAGCUGAUGCACCACGCCGAAAUGGAAUCCUGGAUCAACGACAAAUCCAACCUCGUCUUCAUCGGCGACGCCUGCCACCCCAUGCUCCCCUACCUCGCCCAAGGGGCCAACUCCUCCCUGGAAGACGGCGCCGUCCUGGGCAGUCUCCUAGGCCACAUGAAACGCAAAUCCGACCUCCCAGACAUCCUCCGCCUCUACGAGAAAUUGCGUAAAUCCAGAGGCGAAGCAAUCGUCCGAGAAACAUUUAAGCAGCGAAACGACUUCCACAUGCCCAACGGCCCCGAGCAAGAGAAACGAGACCAGAUUUUCCUAUCCCAGUUAGGGAAGGAACUGAAGGGGGCGUUUCCGAGUCGGUGGACCUGUCCCGAGGUUCAACCGUGGAUAUAUGGAUACGAUGCUAUCAAGGAAGUGGAGAAUGUGGUGGCGCAGAAUUCGGGAUUAUUUGGUAGUAAGAAGAGUUCACAUUUAUAGUUGGUUACGUACAGUGGGAAAUAAACGAAGAUUAGGAGUUAGGUUUUAAUUGAUGAGAUGGACUCUUUCAUAUAGAGUAAGG